CGGACGUGAACGUAGUCAUUUGUGAUCAAGAAAAGCUCAUGUUGAAAAAGGCGGUUGUAUUUCUGUUCUCAUUGUGCUUUGUAACAUAUUGAAGAUGUACAGAUGGUUAGAAUCUGUGCAUGAAAACUGUGCCUCGGAAUGAAGUAGUUACAUCCCAUUUUUCUUUUCCUUUUUUUUAGUGUAUAAUAAGAUAACAAGUUGUGUGAAAUAUAAAAUUGUAAAUGUUCCAAUAUCAGUAACUCUGAGUUAACCUUAAAAUAUGGAAACGUCAAGUGAAGUAGAAAAUUUCAACAGAAAACCCGACGGUGAAGAAGGCGAUCUGAAUUCGGAAGUGCAAGGUCUGUUGAGGAGAAUUGAGAAAUUGGAGGAUGAAAAACAACAGAUUCGUGAGGAAUUUGGCCACCAGCGAGCCAAAAUGAAAGAGCUGUAUUUACAGAAAGAAGAGGAACUGAAACGUGGGGCUGUAGAACAAAGUCGAUUGCUGGCAGAUGUAAAAAGACUAAGCUCAGAAUUAGAUGAGGCAAAGAGUCAGUUAGUUGUUGCGGGAUUCCGUAUGGAGAGUGAUCUACAGGAUGAAAAGCGGAAAUGUCAUGAAGAAAUUGCUUCUCUCCAGCAAAUUGUGCAAGAAACAGUUGAAGAAUCAAGUAGCUCCCGUAGCAAGUAUGAAUCUGAAGUGAAACAACUCAGGAAAGCAUACGAACGACUAGAAUCAGAAAACCACGAGUUACGAUCGCUGUUGCAGCAACAGCAACAACAGCAGGGGACAGCUGAUAAAGGGGAAAAAGAAACCCCAAUCCUUGCACCAGGCAUUAUGCUUUCAGCUGUAACAAAGACCUUGGCUCGAAAAGUUGUCAGUCAGCUUGGUGCUGAUGCCUCUUCAUCAUCGCAAGACAGUCUGGAAGAUAGUAUGCGGAAGGUAAACAAAUAUGCACAGGAGGAUGCUGAAGUUUUGCGAUCAUUAGUCAUUCCUCUUGAGGAAGAGAUUCAGGCACUUAAAGAAAAGUUACGUUAUACAGAUCAGCAACUCAGGAAAUAUGAAGGUGACAAGGAUGAGAUAAUAAAGUGGACUGAAGAAGAGGGGGAUGUAUCUGUUAAAGAAAUGCUUCCAGUUGGUGCUCAGAAUGGACCAAAUGGAGAAGUUGUGUCACCCACAAGAGAUGCUGGCAGUAAAGUGAUUCAAACAUCUAGUCUGGAUUCAGAAGUUCAUCAGUCACAAGUUACAACUAGCUCUCCAAAGGUAAAUGUAAUGAACACUUCAUUUACAUCAAUAUCUAGUCUAAAUGAACUUCAAGCUUGUAGCAUGAAGAAGCAAAGCCCUGAUGGGCAUUCACCUGUACCAGAAGAUUCCAAAUCACUAACAGAUGUAACAGUCGAAAAGGAUGGUGAAAAUGUUGGGUCACCAGUAAGCCAGGGCCAUCCCUCAGGCAACAUAAGAUGGCAGCAGGCCAUGACACCAUGUGACAUGUGCUCCAACUAUGAGGCUCAGCUUGUACGAGCUCAGCAACGGGGAAGAGAGUUGGAGAAACAGAUAGCAACUCAUGAGCGAACUAUAGAGAGGUACCGUGAAGACCUCACUAAAGAGUCUGGCUUUCGAAAAGACAUGGAAGAAAAGUGGAAUGAAAAGAAAGAAGAACAUAAGAUGCAGGUAGCAGAACUAAAAAAGAAGAUGGAAACUGCAGAGGAAACUCUACAGGAACUGAGACAAACAUACAUGCAAGUAUACAGUGAAGUGAUGAAUCAGCUGACAAGCCUCACACAGCAACGUGAACAGGUGCAAGAACAGCUUAACAAACUUCAGAAGGAGAACGACAAUUUAUUAGGAAAACACAGUGCCCAUUCUCAGCAGCUGCAAAAUGAGAUGAUAGACUGGCCUGACAAGGUGGAGGAUCUUCAGGUAUUGUUGUUGAAGUUUUAUGAAGAACUAAUUGCUGCAAAAGUAGCAAAGGAGACUAUGGAGGAACAAGAACAAACAUUGCGCUGUGAGAUACAGUUAAUCCGUGACCAGAUGAGUGGAGAACAUGAGGAACGAGUGAGCAUGGAAGAUAGUCUCACUCAAGAACUGAACAACAUAAAGACACAACUUCAUAAAUAUGAAAAGGAGCGCCAUAAAUACAAGGCUACACAUGAGGAACUUGAAAAAUUAGUCAAAAAUAGUCAGCGAACAGCAAUGGAUUUUGAAGCUCAACUCACAGAUGCUCUCAAAGUAAAAAAACAGUUGGAAGAGCAAGUAGCUGAGUUGAAGAGCCGUGUAGGUUCGUUACAGCAGGAGUUAGAUAAUAGUGAAGCAGUGCAGAAGGACUUUGUGCGGCUCUCUCAGUCACUCCAAGUUCAGCUGGAAAGGAUUCGUGAAGCAGACACUCAAGUUAGGUGGCAACAUGAUGAAGACAUAGAAGAGUGUCAAGGCUGUAGGAAUGGGUUUUCCUUUACACGUAGUAAGCAACACUGUCGUCAUUGCGGACGUAUCUUUUGCAUCAGCUGUCUGUCUCAUACAGUACACAGUGGACCUAACCAACGUCCCUCUAAAGUGUGUGAUGUCUGUCACACAUUACUUGUGCGUGACACUGCCCCAUACUUCAGCACUGAACCACCACAUACACCAGACUAAUUUUUUUUUAUGUCAAGAAUCGUCACUUUACUUCAAAAGGUUGUCUUGUCUUGGUUUUUUUUUCAUAUAUACAUAGUCAUUACACUAAAAUAAUGUUAUUUUUUUAUACUUUUAGUUUAUUGAUAUCUUGUUAAGUAGUUCAUAAUCUUUUCAUAUGACAGUGAAGUCUGGACAAUAUCCUUUGAGGGUCAUUUUAACUAAUGUCAUUCUGUUGAAAUGUGAAUGAUGAACCUUGGUUGAGUAUAUAAACACAGAUUGGCUGGAUACUGUUUUGCAAUGUAACAUGUUUGUUUUGGAAGAAGCUUCUUGCACUUCUGAGGGGCUCGCUGUCUCCAUCAUCAGAACAGAAGUUAAGAGAGCUGGGAUAAACACAUACAUGCAGAGAAGAAACCAACCAGUGAUGAGCUUAGAAUCAUUUUGAAUUUGGUAUAGAUCACUGAAGAAUAUAGCUUCAUAUAAUGUCUAUAAAAAUAUAACUUUCAUAUCAGUAUUCUGUAGGUUUCCUGUUUCCUACCAUAGACCAAAUACUGAACAACCGAAGAAAUUAAGAAAUGUACUGUUUAGAUUUGCCGUUGCCAGCAUGUACAGAAAUCAAGGCUGCUGCAACAGUGCAGAACUAGAGCAUUAUUUUAUGUUAAUUACACAUUCACUUUAAUACUAGGUGGUUCAAAUAUGACCGGGACUGAUUUUUUUGCA